GCUGCCUAUCCCUUCCUGCACGAAGUUCCCUUCAUUACCCUUUCAACACCUGGGAUGGACCCACGCCAGAGUGCCGUUCUGGGCAACGUUCUCAACCCAGCCUACGUCCCUAACUACUUGCAGAGCUUUCCAACACCCAUGAGUGCCUGGCAUCGCUUCUAUAAUACUAUGAUACACAUUGGAUUUGCGUGUUUCUGGAGGAAAUGGGCCAUCGUACCUCUGAUACAAAAAGAGAUCUCAGCACAGUUCCCGGAGCUGCCACCAUUGUUAGAGCUGGAGAGGAACAUGAGUCUAGCGCUGCUCAAUACACACUUUACCAUCGGUACACCACUGCCUCUCCUGCCCUCACAGGUGGAGGUGGGCGCCAUGCACUGUCAUCCCGCCAACUCUCUUCCUCACGAAUUGGAAUCAUGGAUCACAGAAGCAGGAUCUUCUGGUGUAAUAUACUUCAGUUUGGGAUCUGUCACACGUAGUUCCUCAAUGCCAGUCCAGUACCGCGACCUCUUCAUCCAGGCUUUCCGCAGGCUGCCACAGCGAGUCAUCUGGAAAUACGAGGAAGAGCUGGAGGACGUCCCUGACAACGUGAUGAUCAACAAGUGGCUUCCCCAGCAAGACAUUCUUGCUCACAACAACGUGAAAGUGUUCAUCACACACGGUGGUCUCCUCAGUAUGCAAGAAGCCAUCUACCACGCCACGCCACUCCUCACUCUACCUCUCUUCGGUGACCAGCCCAAGAAUGGCAUGUUUAUUAAGAACUCUGGCUUGGGAGACUUUCUGAUAUGGGAAGAACUCACUUCAGACAUGAUCGUUGAGGCUCUCGCCAAAAUUCUUAAUGUCCCAAAGUAUGUAUAUUUAUCAAUCCUGCUUAAGUGAAACAAUGUAAAUGAUUUAUUUACU